GUCAGUGGGCGGGGCCCGCGGCGCGGACUGGGCGGAGCGGCAGUGAUCCGACGCAUCAGGACAGAGAUGGCGGCGGUGGCGGUGACAGCGGCAGCGACAGCGGCGGCUGCUGGGCCCGGGCCGGUUGCAGAUGGAGCCUCUUCCGUCCACUGGUUCCGCAAGGGGCUGCGGCUCCAUGACAACCCGGCGCUGCUGGCAGCUGUGCGCGGGGCGCGAUCCGUGCGCUGCGUUUACAUCCUCGAUCCUUGGUUCGCGGCCUCUUCUUCAGUCGGGAUCAACCGAUGGAGGUUCCUGCUUCAGUCUCUGGAAGAUCUGGACACCAGUUUACGGAAGCUGAACUCCCGUCUUUUUGUGGUUCGGGGCCAGCCCGCAGAUGUGUUCCCCAGGCUCUUCAAGGAAUGGGGGGUGACCCGCCUGACCUUUGAGUAUGACUCUGAGCCCUUUGGGAAGGAGCGGGACACCGCCAUCAUGAAGAUGGCUAAGGAGGCCGGCGUGGAGGUGGUGACAGAGAACUCGCAUACUCUGUACGACCUGGACAGGAUCAUCGAGUUGAAUGGGCAGAAGCCGCCCCUGACCUACAAGCGCUUCCAGGCCAUCAUCAGCCGCAUGGAGCUGCCGAGGAAGCCCGUGGGCUCAGUGACCAGUCAGCAGAUGGAGAGCUGCAGGGCUGAGAUCCAGGAGAACCACGACGAGACCUACGGCGUGCCCUCUCUCGAGGAGCUGGGGUUCCCCACAGAAGGACUCGGCCCUGCUGUUUGGCAAGGAGGAGAGACAGAGGCUCUGGCACGCCUGGAUAAGCACUUGGAACGGAAGGCCUGGGUUGCCAACUAUGAGAGACCUCGGAUGAACGCUAACUCCCUGCUGGCCAGCCCCACAGGCCUCAGCCCCUACCUCCGCUUCGGCUGCCUCUCCUGCCGCCUCUUCUACUACCGCCUGUGGGACCUGUAUAAAAAGGUGAAGCGGAACAGCACACCCCCACUCUCCCUGUUUGGGCAACUCCUUUGGCGAGAGUUCUUCUACACGGCAGCUACCAACAACCCCAGGUUUGACCGCAUGGAGGGGAACCCCAUCUGUAUCCAGAUCCCCUGGGAUCGCAACCCUGAGGCCUUGGCCAAGUGGGCUGAGGGCAAGACUGGCUUCCCCUGGAUCGACGCCAUCAUGACCCAACUCCGGCAGGAGGGCUGGAUCCACCACCUGGCCCGGCACGCUGUGGCCUGCUUCCUCACCCGCGGGGACCUCUGGGUCAGCUGGGAGAGUGGAGUCAGGGUCUUUGAUGAGCUGCUCCUGGACGCUGACUUCAGCGUGAAUGCAGGCAGCUGGAUGUGGCUGUCCUGCAGUGCUUUCUUCCAGCAGUUCUUCCACUGCUACUGCCCCGUGGGCUUCGGCCGCCGCACGGACCCCAGUGGAGACUACAUCCGGCGAUACCUACCCAAAUUGAAGGGGUUCCCCUCAAGAUAUAUCUAUGAGCCCUGGAAUGCCCCCGAGUCGGUGCAGAAGGCAGCUAAGUGCAUCAUUGGGGUGGACUACCCGAGGCCCAUCGUCAACCACGCCGAGACCAGCCGGCUCAACAUCGAGCGCAUGAAGCAGAUUUACCAGCAGCUCUCCCGCUACCGGGGCCUGUGUCUGCUGGCCUCUGUGCCUUCCUGUGUUGAGGACCUUAGCAACCCCAUGGCAGAGCCAAGCUCGAGCCAGGCUGGAAGCGCCAGCAGUGCAGGUCCAAGGUCACUCACCAGUGGCCCAGCCUCCCCCAAGCGCAAGCUGGAAGCAGCCGAGGAGCCCCCUGGUGAAGAGCUAAGCAAACGGGCCAGGGUGGCUGAGCUGUCCAUCCCAGAGCCACCAAGCAAGGAUGUCUGAAGACUGCAACUGCAAAGCUCUGCGAGCAAAGCCUGGUGCCCAAACAGCCACCUCGACGACCGCGGAGAGCUCCCUGCAGAGAAGCGGACACCGGCAGAGACAGAACCGAAGCGAGCCUGUGUGUGUGUGUGGAGGGAGCAGUGGCGUGCCUGUGUGCGUGUGCGUGUGUGUGCAUGCGUCUGUUUACACUCUCGUGCUUCUGAGUGUGCUUGGGCUGUAGGGGAACCUGUAGCAGUUCCACCUAUGCCUCCAGAAGCCAUGCUAGAGGUCAAGGCCAGAACUUGCAGCCCAGCCAUUCAUGCCUAAUGCCUUGGUCAGCGAAUAGUAGGCCUCCGGGCGGGCACUGGACUUGCUCCUGUUCUAGAGGCAUCCAGAGCCCUGCUGGGUUCCCUGAAGGCUGGGCAGGCCCGAGUGGAUGGGUACUGUCCGGUGUAGUCACCUGGCCUGACUUCUUGCUUUAACAUUCCCCACCACUGGGUCUUCCAGACCUUUCCUCAGGCAUCUCAGACUGGCUGAGCACAAGGCUGUAGACAGUUCUGAAAGUUGCCACCAUCAUGUGGCCCAACCCCCGGGCAGCUGACUAGCGUGCCCUCUGCCGAGGCAGCACAUCCAUCACUGGGGGCAGGGGGCGGGGGGCGGGGGUUGAAAACCUCCGCUUAGGAGUAGAGUUCCAGCUCAUACUGCUCCUCUCCUGGAAAUGGAGAGCCAGUCUGAGCUGCCUAGAUGCAGCCGUUCUCAGUGGUAUAAACCCUUGGCCUUCAGGUCAUACUCCAGAGCACUGCCAUGCUGACAUCCAGCCAGAGAGGCCACUCUGUGGUCUGUGUUCUGGAACCUUCUGGGCCCUGCCUGAGACUGGCCAGCAUGCAGGCUGCCAUGACAGCUCUCCCAUGGCCAGGCCCUAUGCCCCCGGGCAGGUGGACUAGGGUGGAGACUGCCAGGAAUACUUGGGCCAGGUCCCAGUCCCAGUGGAGCUCCCACCACUAAGCACACUGUUCGUUCUGGAAGCAGGUGGGUGGUUUGCCCAGAGAAGCCAAGGAAUGCAAAUACAAAAGGCCUUGAAUUCCAGAGUGGCUCAGCCUCCCCUGAUCCUGCCCACCAUCCAGUGAUGAAAAGAUGGCUGUGUGGUCAGCUGGGGCUAGUCUUCCUUCCACCCUGUGGCCUGCACCAGAGCCACAAAGCAUGUGUGCCUGCAUGCAUGUGUGUGUCUGUGUGUGUGUGUGUGUAUGUGUGUGCGCGCACAUGCGUGUACGCGUGUAACUGCGAGGCUCAUUGCUCUUUGGAGUUUGUCCUUACAAGUGACAUGGAGCUGGCCUCUGAGCCUCCUCCUCUCUACCUCCCCUGUGACCUUUCCCAGCCAUCUAGCUGUUAACCCCCUCAGCCCUGGCACUAACCCUCACUGUCUUCGGUCCUCAGACCAGCACCCUGGGGUCAGGUCCCUUCUCCUGAGCUGUCCGUCACACGGCAGGGGCAGGCUUCUUCCUGAGGUGUCCUCGGCUUUGCUCUGCCAGACAGCUGCUUCUGGAGCCUGACUGUCAAAUCUUGUCACCCUCUUUGGAAAUGGCCCAUAACCACCUGGGAGGCUGGCACGGGUGACUAUGAGUGUUUAUAGCUUUGGACUGGGACUUCCUUGUUCCCUUCACCCAGCCUGAAGGAAAGGGAUUCAGAGGCUGUUGCCAGAGUGGGGAGUUAAGCGAACCUGUAGGGUCUGGUCUGAGAACCCGAGAGGGCCACAGGGCUAGAGUCAGUAUUUCCUCAUCUGGGUAAAUCCCUUUUCCUGCUGAUGCCAUGAUGGCUCUCUUCCCUAAGGUGAAGACCCCACUCUCCCAGCAUGUCCUCCCUGGAGAAUGGAGAGGAGGGGUGGGGUGAGGAGAGGGAUCACCCACUGGCUUCAUGCCUCCCCUCUACCGGCACAGAUGUCCGCCACAGCAUUGUCCCAAAUCCUGACCCACACACAGGCCAGCAUGGCGUAGAGAGAGUUGCAGGCAAAAUGCACUUUACAGAGAUUUUUCUAUUGCUGGGAAGGUGUGUCUCUCCCACUGUUUGUGAAUAUUCACUUGUUUCAUAAAUGUCAGGUCCUGUCUGAGCAAA